AUGGGGGCGCCGGAGUGGUGGUGGUCGACGUGGAGGGGGCUGGCCGUCGCCGCCACGGCGGCGUGCCUGCUCCUUCACGUGGCGGCGCGGGUGGCGGACGCGCUCUGGUGGCGGCCGCGGCGGCUGGAGGCGCACUUCGCGCGGCAGGGCGUGCGCGGCCCGCCGUACCGCUUCCUCGUCGGCUGCGUCCGGGAGAUGGUGGCGCUCAUGGCGGACGCCACCGCCAAGCCCAUGUCGCCGCCCACCUCCCACAACGCGCUGCCCCGGGUGCUCGCCUUCUACCACUACUGGAGGAAGAUCUACGGGCCGACGUUCUUGAUAUGGUUCGGGCCGACGCCGCGGCUCACGGUGGCGGACCCCGAGCUGGUCCGCGAGAUCUUCCUGACGCGCGCCGACGCGUUCGACCGCUACGAGGCGCACCCCAUCGUCCGGCAGCUCGAGGGGGACGGCCUCGUCAGCCUGCACGGCGACAAGUGGGCCCUCCACCGCCGCGUCCUCGCCCCCGCCUUCUACCCCGACAACCUCAACCGGCUGGUUCCGCACGUCGGCAGGUCGGUGGCGGCGCUGGCGGAGAGGUGGCGGGCGAUGGCGCGCGCGAGCGGCGGCGAGGUCGAGGUGGACGUGGCGGAGUGGUUCCAGGCGGUGGCCGAAGAGGCCAUCACGCGCGCCACGUUCGGCCGCAGCUACGCCUCCGGCCGCGUGGUGUUCCGCAUGCAGGGCCGCCUCAUGGCCUUCGCCUCCGAGGCCUUCCGCAAGGUGCUCGUCCCGGGCUACCGGUUCUUGCCGACCAAGAAGAACCGGAUGUCGUGGGGCCUGGACAGGGAGAUCAGGCGGGGUCUGGUCCAGCUCAUCGGCCGGCGCAGCGACGCCGCCGAGGACCACGAGGCGGCCGCCAAGGACAAGGGCAACAGCGGCGGCGGCUUCAGGGACCUGCUGGGGCUGAUGAUCAAUGCCCGCGACAAGAGGUCGCAGCCCAUGCCGGUGGAGGAGAUGGUGGAGGAGUGCAAGACGUUCUUCUUCGCCGGCAAGCAGACGACCACGAACCUGCUGACCUGGGCCACGGUGCUCCUGGCCAUGCACCCGGACUGGCAGGACCGCGCCCGGCAGGAGGUCCUCGCCGUGUGCGGCCCCGGCGAGCUCCCCACCAAGGAGCAGCUGCACAAGCUGAAAACGGUGGGGAUGAUCCUGAACGAGACGCUGAGGCUGUACCCGCCGGCGGUGGCCACCAUCCGCCGGGCCAAGGUGGACGUGGCCCUCGGGGACCUGGCGAUCCCGCGCGACACGGAGCUGCUGAUCCCGAUCAUGGCGAUCCACCACGACCCCGGGCUGUGGGGCCCCGACGCGGCGCAGUUCAACCCCGCCCGGUUCGCCGGCGGCGCGGCCCGCGCGGCGGCGCACCCGCUGGCGUUCAUACCGUUCGGGCUGGGCGCCCGGAUGUGCAUCGGCCAGAACCUCGCGCUCCUGGAGGCCAAGCUCACCGUCGCCGUCCUGCUCCAGCGGUUCGAGAUGAGGCCGUCGCCCAAGUACGUGCACGCGCCGACGGUGCUCAUGCUGCUCCACCCGCAGUACGGCGCGCCCGUGAUCUUCCGCCCGUCCCCUGUCGCCGCCCCGCCGUCCGCGUCGAUCCACGCUAGCUAG